CACCAUCUCACCCAUCGGUCGAGUCUCUCGCAGCUUUAAUCUCCUUCAAAGCCAAUUCAAUUAAUCAGCUCGAUCAUAUCACAUUACUGAGAGAGGGUGCAAGCUAGCUAGCAACAAGCUGCCAUGGCUAAUAAGCUCGCUGCUCUGCUCGUCUCCUUCGCGAUGCUCAUGGCGGCGGCCGCCGGCUUCUACACCCCGCCAAGCCCUUCCACGUGCGGACUCAAGGUCGGUUACUACCACGACAAGUGCCCGCACGCCGAGGCCAUCGUCAGGGGCGCCGUCGGCGCCGCCAUCCUCCGCGACCCCGGCGUCGGCGCCGGCCUCAUCCGCAUGCUCUUCCACGACUGCUUCGUCGAGGGAUGUGAUGCGUCCGUGCUGCUCGACCCGACGCCGGCCAACCCGCAGCCGGAGAAGCUCGCCCCGCCCAACAACCCCAGCCUCCGCGGCUUCGAGGUCAUCGACGCCGCCAAAACCGCCGUCGAGGCGGCAUGCCCGGGCGUCGUCUCCUGCGCCGACAUCGUCGCCUUCGCCGCGCGCGACGCCUCCUUCUUCCUCAGCAACAGCAGGGUGUCGUUCGACAUGCCGUCGGGCCGCCUCGACGGGCGCUACUCCAACGCGUCGCGCACCCUCGACUUCCUCCCGCCGCCCAAGUUCAACCUCGGUCAGCUCGUCGCCAACUUCGCCGCCAAGGGGCUCAGCGUCGAGGACAUGGUGGUGCUCGCCGGCUCCCACACCGUCGGCCGCUCGCACUGCUCGUCCUUCGUCCCCGACCGCCUCGCCGUGCCCUCCGACAUCGACCCGUCGUUCGCCGCCACGCUGAGGGGUCAAUGCCCGGCGAGCCCGAGCUCAGGCAACGAUCCCACGGUGGUGCAGGACGUCGAGACGCCGAACAAGCUGGACAACCAGUACUACAAGAACGUGCUCGCUCACAAGGGGCUCUUCACCUCCGACGCGUCGCUCCUGACGUCGCCGGCCACGAUGAAGAUGGUGCUGGACAACGCCAACAUCCCCGGGUGGUGGGAGGACAGGUUCCAGAAGGCAAUGGUGAAGUUGGCCGCCGUCGAGGUGAAGACCGGCGGCAAUGGCGAGGUCAGGAGGAACUGCCGGGCUGUGAAUUACUAGUUGAGAGCCUCAGACAAUCAUGAGCGUCCAAAGCGUUCACCAUUCCAAGCCUAUCUUUGCUCUCUGUUAACAGCUGAUAUGCUGAUGCAUCUUGUUUGUUUCAUUCCUUCAUUAUUAUUGAUUUUCAUGUAUUGAGUCUGUUGUAUGAGUGUAGUGUGUUUCAACAUGAAAGUUAAUAAAGUAACCAUUUGGGAAGUUACAUUUACAACUC